CCGAGUUCCAACUCCCAACCGCAGCCUCAGCCUCAGCCUCACACGGUCGAAGCAGAACCCGUGAACACCUCAAACCUCACGGCUCACGCCACCGUCCUCCAGCCCCGUUCUCCGGCGAUCCUGUCAUUCCAGACGCGUCUCCGCCCCUCUCGGUCCACCACCCCGACGCCGCCACAUGUCGACGCAGUCCAUUUCGCCGGCCUCUGCGUCCGCGCAGUUCACCUACCCGGCGGCAGCGGCCCCGUCUUACUUCCCCGUGCCCUUCCACCUCCAGAACGCGCAAUACACCGCAUGGACCGCAGCCGCGCCGGCGGUGCCUGUGUACAACGCCAUCUAUCCCAUGCCCCAAGUCCAGCAGGCCCAACAGUUGUUCCAAAAGGACUCGAAGAUAAUUACUCCUGAAGCUCUAGCUACUGUUAAGGCUGCUAUUGCAAAUAGUGAGAAAGACAAGAAGGUUGAUGCAACAAAAAAGGCAGUGCCUCGAAAGGCAGCUGGGCAAAGUUGGGAGGACCCUACCUUGGCUGAUUGGCCUGAAACUCUUAUUGCUCGUUGCCUUGCAGACAACAACCAUGAGAAAAUGUCAGUCUUACAGAUGAUUUCCGUUUGUUCUGCGGUGAUCUUGGAAAUGAAGUGAAUGAUGAUGUUCUUGCAAAGGCAUUCUCAAAAUAUCCAUCCUUCAAUAUGGCCAGGGUUAUACGGGACAAGUGGACUGGUAAAACUAAAGGAUAUGGUUUUGUUAGUUUUGCUGAUGCGUCUGAUCUUACUUCUGCCUUGAAAGAUAUGAAUGGUAAAUAUGUAGGAAAUCGGCCAAUCAAAUUACGGAAGAGCACAUGGAAGAACAGGAUAGACUUAGAAGCUUUGGAGAAGGGAAAGACCCAACCACAGAAGAAAAUCAAACUGCAGAAAAGAAGUGUUCUUCACAAAUGAAUCUGAAAAAUUCUGCUCGUUCAUCGUCUGUCAGUAUCGUUUGGGAAAGCUGUCUGAAGCAUUAACAGUUUUACUUAACGUCAGAUGUGUAGGACUGAUGGUCACCAAGUUCCCGGUGACACUGUAUACAAUCGCAGACGCGAUGCUAUGUUGGUGAUUGAACAGGUGUAGCCGAAUAGUUGGAUCCAAUAACUUCACCUGUAGUGUAAUGGUCCAAUUUUAUCAUGGGAACUGUAGUUCUAAAUACUCCAGUGACCAGUGCUAUUGUGGUGAAUUAUUCUGUGAUCUUUAUUCAUAAAUAUUCGUGGGUGUUGGCCUGUUUGAAUC